AUGUUGGACACAAACUUCUCAAUCGUAGACUAUUUAGUGUUUGUGUCGCUAUUGAUCGCCUCAUCACUAAUCGGAGUAUACUUUUGGUACAAAUCGCGAAAAACAGCCACAAAUGCCGAGUACCUGACCGGCAACAGGCAACUCAGUCUCAUCCCGGUUAUAAUGUCUAUGGUGGCCAGUUUGAUGUCCACUAAUACACUGCUGGGAAUGCCGGCUGAGGUAUACCAAGUGGGCACUCAAGUGUGGUUAACAGCAGUUUCAUGUAUUAUAGCCAUUGUAUUAACGGCUGAGGUUUUUAUGCCUAUCUAUUAUACAAUGGAUUUCAUAAGUGUUAAUGAGUUUAUUUGGCGACUGUAUUGUAUGGGCCGGCAGUGGCACUCAGUGCAGGGAGGCAUAAAAGCGGUCAUUUGGACGGACGUAUUGCAGGGCUCACUCAUGUUUCUGGGAGUGCUUGUGGUUAUCUUAACAGGUGUGAUAGAAACUGGUGGAGUAAAAGAGCUGUGGGACAUCAAUGAGCGAGGUGGUCGAAACAAAUUUUUUAACAUGAAGGUAGAUGUCUAUAAUCACGACAACUUCUGGAAUGCAUUGAUUGGUAAUACCGUGAGCUGGUCGGGCGGCUACUGUAUAUCACAGCAACAGAUACAACGUUAUUGUAAUGUGGGUUCACAACAAAAGGGUCGGCGGGCGUUAUAUUGGAAUGUCCUGGGUGUCGUACUGUUUAUAUUGAUGUCCAUAACGUGUGGCAUGGUCAUAUACGCCAAAUACCACGCGUGUGACCCUGUUACUUUGGGCCUGAUUACAAGGCACGACCAACUUAUGCCGUAUUAUGUAAUGGACACUCUAUCUCAAUACCCGGGACUACCUGGCCUUUUUGUGGCAUGUGUGUUCAGUGGGUCACUCAGCACCCUAUCGUCGGGUUAUAACUCAUUGGCGGCCAUUACUUUCGAGGACCUCAUUAAGGAUCGCGUGAAACUCAAAAAUGAUAGCCAGGCACUGAUUAUCACUAAAUUAAUUUGUGAGUGUAUAUUAAUUACCAUGUCGUACGGACUCAUAAUCAUUGGGUUUGCUUUUCUCGUGGGAAACGCGGGGACUGUAUUUCAGGCGUCUUUGGCUAUGAGCGGCGCAAUGGGAGGCCCUAUAUUAGCCUUAUAUCUUGUCGGCAUAUUUUAUCCGUACGCCACCGCACCGGGCGCAUUAAUAGGAUUUCUAAGUGGAUAUGGCAUUAACACAGUCUUAGCUAUCGGUUCGUUGGUUAUGCCGCGACCGAAGGUGUCGUUACCGACUACUCUAGACAACUGUCCGGUGGAUGUCAUCCAAAUUGUGUUCACCCGAUUUGAAACACUACCCAACUCUACGUACAUCUCGUCCUAUGAUAACGUGGAAGGUUUGGGUCAAUUCUUUCACAUCUCAUACCUAUUGCUGUCAACCAUUGGAUUCACGAUAUGUAUUGUCGUAUCAGUGUUGGCCAGUCUAUGCAUAGGUAAACCAAUCAAAACACUCGAUACAAAGCUGAUGUCACCGAUCGUUAAAUAUAUAUUUCCCGGUAUUAGCGCCCAAACUAUGCAAAAAUCCAAUGAAAUCGAGACAAUAGAUGCCACGAAUAUUUCGGAUCCGAAUGACACACCAAAUAUUACACAUAAAGUGACCAGGGUUUAGGCAUUUAUUAAUAAUAUAAAUUAUUUUGUAAAUA